AUGCAGGAAAAACAAAAUGCAAUUGAAAUAAUAGAGCAAUUACUAAUCAGAAUAGAUUUUUCAAAAAUUCCCACGUUUGAUAAUGCGGUGAUUAAACGAAUUGAGCAGAUACGCGAUAUAUUAACCUCUUUCUAUAAUAAAUGGAACGAUGUAAUAAGAAUAUCUGUGGAAAAUGUAAUAAAAAAAACCAAAUUCACCCAUAGAGAUGAUACGCGAUUCAUGAAAUUAUGUCAAUCGUUGAUUUAUAUUAUUAUUUCGGAUCCGGAAACUUCAAAUCUUAGGCUAUCCGAAUUUAAACAAUAUUCACUUGAGACAAGUGAAAUGUCAAAAAGUAUUUUAAACGCUCUUGGAAAAUCAUUUUACAUUCUGUUAGAAAAUUUACAUCGAAUUCUAAAUUUCCAUAACGGGAAUAACCUAGAAGCAGAUUUACAAUGGGUUCAAGUGCUCUUAUUAUACAGUUCGCAAUUUGUACGAAAUAUGACAGCGGGCAAUCUAAUGAAAUGUCAUGAUGAAUUGGUCAGCAUAUGGUUUUUUAUAAUGGAGAAACAAGUUCAAUUUACAAGAGAUCAUCGACAAAAUGUUCAAUGGAACAAAAUCAUAUCUUGUUUACAAAUGAUAGCCACGACUUUAACAAAUGAAUCGGGCACGUUUUUAUUCAUGUCAAAUUUAAUAAUGAAUGAAAUUUGGACCAAUCCUGAAAGUGAACGUUAUUGGGAUCCGAAGAAAUCAUCAAAUAAUAUUACUUCAGAGUUACAAGUAAAUAAGCAAAAAAGUUUGUCAGUACUGAAGACAACUGAAAUGAUGGUUGAUAAGGACAAUUCAUUUAUCGACCGAAAAGUAGUUUAUCGGCCGAGGCUACAACUUUAUCGUAAAAAUUGGACAUUCAAGAAACCAAUAAGAAUUCAGAAUACUUGGCAAUCGCACUUUGCGAAUAGCGUAAUUGAGUAA